AUGGACAAUCGUGUGGCUAUCAAGCAGCUCGAACAGGCCCAUGAAAUAAUCACAUCCCGCAAGCCGGCCAACGAGACACUUGUCAAGCAUCCAAAGAUCAUCACGCUCGGUGGUGAUCAUACCAUAACCCUCCCCGCGCUAAGAAAUGCGUACAAGCAGUGGGGUCAGCUCAGCAUCAUCCACUUCGACUCUCAUCUUGACACAUUCAACCCGAACAGCUUGAAGGACAUCUACGGAGGAAUUACCAGCAACUACUCUUCUGUGAACCAUGGAACUUACUUCCACAUCGCGAAGGAUGAAGGCCUUCUCAAAGACGACACCAACAUCCAUGCUGGUGUCAGAUUGAUGCUCUUCGACCCUGUCGGAGAUAUCGAGGAGGACGAACGCUGUGGCUUCGACACCAUCAAAGCAACCCAGAUGGAGACGCUGGGUGUCGACGGCAUCGUGGAACGUCUUAAGCGCCGCGUUGGUGACAACCCUGUAUACAUCUCCAUCGACAUCGAUGUCCUUGAUCCCGCUUUUGCCCCUGCCACGGGUACGGCUGAACCCGGUGGUUGGACGUCUCGAGAGAUGUUGUCCAUUCUUGAGGGACUUAUCGGUAUUAACCUCGUGGGCGCUGAUAUCGUGGAAGUGGCUCCGGCUUAUGACACAAAUGCUGAGACAACGACCAUGGUGGCAGCCGAGAUGUUGUAUGAACUACUGAUCGUGAUGCAAAAGAGCCCCCUGUGA